UUUUAUCCAACCCAAACUCAUUGUAUAAGACACAACUUGUUCUUUGCCGAUACUUCAUGUAAGCUUUGCUUUGAUUACAGGUGUUUUAGUUUCUUGCCUGAACUAUGCAGAUUCUGCAAGCCUUAAAUAUUCUUUUACCCAUGGUGAUGUUCAUGCCAACAGUUGGUCACGCUCAAUCCACAGAUUUGGCUGUAUGCACUGCAGUUCAGGGAAUACCAGGAUUACCAGGAUUUCCUGGAAGGGAUGGAAUAAAAGGUGAAAAGGGAGACCCAGGUGAACCAGGUCAAGGAUUAAGGGGUAUUCAAGGCCCUCCAGGAAAAGUAGGCCCAACUGGAGAAAAUGGGAUCCAAGGCCCACCAGGUUUAAAGGGAGACCAAGGCCAAAAAGGAGCUCCUUGUGACGUGAGUCAUGUAGCUGCUUUAGAAAAACAACUUGCCAACAUGCAGAAUAUCUUAUCUGUAUGUCUAAAAGCUUUGCACUUCCUAGGUAGUAUCAAGAAAGCUGGAGAAAAACAUUUUUUCACUGAAGAUAAAACACUGAGCUUUGAGGAUGCCAAGAAAGAAUGUGCAGAUGCUGGCUUGGAACUUGCUUCUCCAAAGACAGAAGUUGAAAACAACGCUAUAAAAGAAAUUGUGAAAAAGUAUGGAAAGAGUGCUUGGCUUUCAAUUUCAGACAAAAUAACUGAAGGUACAUUUGUGCAUCCAGAUGGGCAAGUAAUACAAUAUUCAGACUGGAAUCGAAACGAGCCAAACAAUAGCGGAGGUAAUGAACACUGUGUGGAGAUAAACACAAGUAAUAUGAACUGGAAUGACGUAACAUGUGCAGGGCAGCGGCUUGUUAUCUGUCAGUUUUAAAGCAGUAUUUCACACUGGCAUCAUUGCAGGUUUAUGGACAUUGUUUAUCUGCAAAUUAAAAAAAUAUUGCACUACCAUUAGUAUAGUUUUAUAAGCCAUGUCCAAGACAUAAAAGCAGAACUCAAUUCGUUAGUUGAAAUGUAUCGCUGGUUUAACUCAUGUGCCACAGCUUACUUCACUUUUAUUUUGCUUUAUGACAAACUAUCAACAAUAUGACACAUCUCAACAUGUCAUUAAAGGACUGUAGUGUAUAUUGUUUUCUAACUUAAGAACACCACAUUGGUUUGCAUUCUUCAUUCAUUAGGCAUCAUUUUUCGCUGUAUUUGCAGUUAAUUUGCAGCUUUGCAUUUUGCAUCAACUCUAGAGCUGUGUCUGAAUGUACUUUAAAAAUCACAAAAUGUUGAUCAUGAUAGUUUAAGACUGAGAUAUUAGUAUAAGACAGAGAGAAAGUGAGAUUAACCAAGAAGGAAAUUAAAAAAAACUGUUAACGA